GCACGUCUAAAGAACAUUCUCGAUUCUACGCCCCCGAAAUGUUUGGUUUAAUCCGCUUGCUAGUUCUAACUGUCGUUUUCGCUUCUUUUAUCGAGGCGAAAUCGUGGCUAGGUUCACACCACAAUAGCACCACGAAGUCGGAUAUUGCAAUUUUUCUCACAGUUACACGUAGUCCACCUCCAGGAGAUGGCCAAUGGCUCCAAGCGCUACUACACGUUACCCGACUCUACAACCCGGCCACUACCAUAUUUGUUUUCCUCAACAAAAGGACAUUCUCUGAGGAUCCGAAUUUUAUAGAUCAGCUUGCGAGCUUGCGCGUGCAAGUUCGCGUGACUGAUACUUACAGAUGGAAGGAUUCGCCAAUGGCACGGCUUCGACAAAGCCUUCCAGACUUAUUCUCGGGUGAAGAGUUUAUGGACAGGUUCUGUGCAUACGCUGCAGCGGCUACGACUGAAGGAGUAAAGCGCAUCCUGGCUGUGGAUGGCGACAUGGCGCUUUUUGCAAAAGCAGAGGACAUUGUUGCCCCGUACGAUGAAGACAUCGUCAGCGCUUGCCACCACACCAGCCAGAUGCUGAUUGUCAACAGUGUGGACGCACUGUCCAAAUACUGCAACUUCAUAAGCAGCUACUAUACUCAAGACCUUAGCGUACUGCAAAACAAUGCCGUCUUAGUUGGAAAACGCAAAGACGAGUACAAAGACCUGCACGACAUGGAGCUCCUCAACCUCUUUCUGCUCCAGAGCCCGCACGUCUCUCGCCACAUCCUGUGUCCUGAGGCGCCCAACCAGCCACGUUGCGAUGCUAAAUACUCAGGUUGCAUCACAAGCCCACAAGUCCAGGCCGUGGAGAGCCUUUUCAAGCUCGGCCAUGACCCUGCUAACGGAGACUUUAUUGCUUGCUCUUCUUGGGCAAGCUUCACAAGCUUGAUCGGGUGGGUUCCGAACGGCCGAGGACUGCCAGUACCAUACCACAAGGCAACUGGAGACUGCCUGCCGGUAAUUCAUUUCCAGGGGCCAUGCAAGAAGCUUGUGCCGGCAUUUGUUAUGCAACUGCGCAACAUGUUACAGGGCUUGAUGUCAGCACGCAAAGCAGGAGUAGGGCGGCAAGGAGCGGCCAUUGGGAGGUUUAGAGGGCCGCUCCUUAGGCCAGGGUUUGACAGACAGGAAGGGAAGGGUUGGGGAUGCCGAUGGGCCGGCAAGGUGUAGCGUUGGUAUCCACCUAAUGCUAAGGACGCGCAUAAGCGAUAAGCCAUACCGGCUUUGCUAGGUAUUUAGGUAUUACGUUAUACUUAGGACCGGGCUUCGUCGUUAUUCUUUGUUUGCCUCGGCUGCCCUUCGGCAGUGUGAUUGGAACAGGAAGAAGACGGUGCACGGAUGCAGCUUGUUGGGCAUUAGCAGCUCGCCCUAGGUACGAGCUGGUCGAACCACACUAGCGUAUAGCUACUGAAUUGCGGCGCGAUAUUCAUUAUGUGGGCAAUCGGUACGAGUAGUACAUGCAUCAGUACUAAGAGUAUAUCUUACAGUACGGCGUACCUCAUGAACCUAAUCAACCGUCUGCCUUGUGCGGCGGCCAUUAUUGUUUCUCCUCGAAAGGUGCAUCAUAACUCGAUCGGGCUAUGGUGAUUUGGAGCAUAAACUUUUAUAUAUAUGUCGCCCGCUGUGGUAGUUGAGGUACAAAUGGAUGUGUUGUAGCCUGGGUAUUGACCAGCAGUGCCGUGGCGUCGUACAAUAGAGAAGCAGGAUCUCGCAUGACACAAGUGACCCGCGGGUCAUCGGCAUUUGCUCCUUUCAUGCCCGGAGCGCCAUGAUACAUGGCAUGUCUGUGUUCCUCUUCUUACAAUGCAUGUGCAUUGCAACUGGUUUCCCUAUCCUGAGGACGUUUCCAGGAUGGUGCACCUGGCAAUGUUUCCUUGGUCCUCCGUACGCCUCUCGUUACUGCAUGUAGCGGUCUCCCAAAGGCAUAUCGACGUAACGAGAUCAGGAAUCUUCCUUACCUUUCUGGGGGCUGGGUUAUAAAUUAGGUCAGCAGAUCUGGGUCUGGGUUGCACGCCGCUGAGCCAAUAGCUUAAUCAAUGGGUUUGGAGGCAUGCGGCUGGGCGGUUAAAUGCAUGCUUUAACCCCCCCCCCUUCAUUCUGUUUUCAGCCAUGAGCCCACGAC